AAAACGAAGUAAUCCGCCCCUAGAUUAAUUGGUGGCUUACUGGCUUGCUUUCUAGUCUCCGGCACAAGAUUCCCUCUCCAGCGGCGCACCACCGCUACCAUCCUCCGACCCCCAACCCGAACCCGCCAUGUCACCGGCGCCGUCGCGCCCCCGCAUCCGUCCGUGGCUGGUGGUGGGUGACCUGGCACUGGCGGCCGCGUGGGUUUGCGCGGGCGCGCUGGUCAAGCUGCUCGUUUACGGCGGACUCGGCCUCGGGGGACGGCCCGAGGCCGAGGCCGUCAAGGUCUCGCUCUCCCUCGUAUACAUGUUCCUCUUCGCCUGGCUCGAGGCUGCCUCGGGUGGGGCCUCCUACAAUCCGCUCACCGUCCUCGCCGCUGCGCUCGCCUCCCACGGCGGACCCGCCGUGUACCUGUUCACCGCGUUCGCGCGAAUCCCAGCUCAGGUGAUUGGGGCGGUUCUUGGAGUAAAGCUCAUUCAAGUAACUUUCCCUAAUGUGGGUAAAGGAGCCCGCUUAAGUGUUGGUGCUCAUCAUGGUGCGUUAGCUGAAGGCUUAGCAACUUUCAUGGUUGUUAUGGUAUCGGUGACCCUGAAAAAGAAGGAGAUGAAAAGUUUCUUUAUGAAGACAUGGAUCACAAGCAUUUGGAAGAACACAAUUCAUCUCCUUAGCUCGGAUAUAACUGGAGGGAUUAUGAACCCUGCAUCUGCUUUUGCUUGGGCGUAUGCUCGAGGAGAUCAUACAACAUUUGACCACCUACUGGUAUAUUGGCUGGCGCCCCUGCAAGCAACCCUGCUGGGAGUAUGGGCGGUGACCUUCUUCACUAAACCGAAGAAGAUCAAGGAGCAAAAGGUAGAUGAAAACAAGAUAAAGAAGGAAUAGACUAUUCUUGAAUUAGAGCUAGAGCUUCAUACCAUCUUCUUAGUCAGAUAACUUGUGGCUACACACAAGGCGAAAUGUUUCGAAGCUAAUCUAAGAAAUGGCAACCUAUCAUGGUCAGCUUCUGUGAAGUCUCCUUGAUGUGUAUUCCUUGUAUCUGGCUUAGCUUAGAUUGUGCAGAAGCUUGUAAGCAACUGCUCCAGGCUUCCAUUCAAGACAUUGUCGUAUUGGAAACAGUAUAUAUGGAAGCUAAAGCUUCUCAGAGUUGACUCACAACCUACACUAAUGUUCCACAGCAUUGUUGAAAGUAUCUUGAGUUCCAUUAUCUAUGAUAAUGGGAAAUUGCAGGUCUCAUCUAGUUUCCA